UACGCGCGCGCGGUAUGGCGUCCGUGGUUUGCUCUCCCCGCCACCACCACCGCUCAUACAUCUGCCGCCGCCUCAGCUCCGCCCCUCCCGGCCACGCCCGUCCCCGGAGCGGCCCAUCAGGAUUGAACACCACAAGGUUCCUUCGUUCCCAUCCAAUGUCCACCGGUAGGGGCUGUCCCGCAUCGUGUGCAUCCAUGGAAGCAUCCGACAGCAACCAAGGACCAGAACAUCUCAUUGUCCUGGUUCAUGGUAUCAUGGCAAGCCCCAGUAACUGGACAUAUGGGGAAGCAGUUCUGAAAAAGAGGCUAGGCAAUGUUACUGGCUACAUAUUUCGUGGGUUUUUAAAUCUGUUACCCGACAUGGAAAAUACCGAGGAAUAUCACCAGAUGAUGGAGGAGGAGAUGAUUCGUGGGUUGGAGGAAAGUAGACGUCAACUUCCAUGAAUCACUGUGGCCCUACUCUACUCACAACAUGCAUGUUAAGAACGAGUGGCUUCACAGUGCUGGUGUCGGUGUGAUCGCCCACGUCGCGGUCAGCAUGAAACAGACAUGUCUGCCCUCCAGCCUGUGAGAUUUGCACCUGGAAUGCUGACAUUCGGCACGGUUGAGUUAGUACUCCAUCCGUAAACUAUACAUGGCAGUGGAAUGUGAGGGAGGCUUUAUGAGAAAUAACUAUACA